GGAGGAGGAGGAGGAGGAGGAGGAGGAGGAGGAGGAUGCUGAGGCGGAACUGAAACUCGGCGCUGCAGUUUUCUUUAGAGCCUCCUAAACGUCACGGACGGCCGGAAGUGGUCGCAAAUUUAAACAGCCAUCACAGCAACAAUACGCACGGACUUUCACUUUACGGGCUGUCUGAUGAAUCGCUAGUUUAUGAAAAAUUAAGUUAACUUCUUGCAGAGGAUUUCUUUUUAGGUGCAAACCUAACGGAAGAAGUCCAAGCUGACGGCAAAAGUAUGGAAGAAGAAAUGAGAACGGCUGAGACAGAACAAGGAGAUGUGGCGAGCAAUGAGGGAGAGUGCAGUGUAGAAAUGGCCAACAGUCCAAUUAAAAAAGGAAGGGGGAGGCCACAAGGUUCAAAGAAGUUAAAGGUUUGUGUUACAGACGUUAACCUAAUGGAGCUUGUUUCAGGCAUUUCCAAUGGUGGGUCUACACAGCCCCCGAGGAAAAGAGGGCGUCCAAAACUCACAAAACAGGCAGAGCAGCAAGGAGCAGGAGACGACCAUGGUGAUGAUUCUGUGCAAACCCAAGGCUCCGAGAAACACGCCAGUAAUGAAGACAGUCUUACGACAGACUGUUCUCCUAAGAAAAGAGGCAGACCAAGAAAGCAUCUUAGCUAUAGCACCCCUGAGAAGGCUAAUACUAAAGACUUAAUGAACGGUGGCUCGGAGACACCAAAAGCAAGAAGUGGUCGUCCAAAAGGAUCCACGAAGCGUAAGUUAGAGAGUUUAACAAGUGAAGAAACUGAAGGCGGUUUUGUAACACGUCGGCUGGAGACAGAGUUGAGCAGUGAGGAGGAGAAAGGAGAUAAAGAACAAACUAAGAGGGGAAGAGGUCGACCUAAAGGCUCUUUAAACAAGAAACCCCCUGCAUAUAAGCUGGGCAGUCCUCGGAGAAGCCUGACUACAAAAGAGAAACGUGGUCGACCAAGAAAACAACCAACCGCAAGGGGAAGGCCUAGGAAAUACCCUUUGCCGUCACCUGAGGAACUGAAAAAGCCAAAAGUAUGGAAGCCGCUGGGAAGGCCGAGGAAAUACCCACGUGUUGAUCCUCCAGAGGGGUCUCUGCCAGCCCCUCGCAGAAGCCGCGGUCGGCCUCGCAAGUCAGAGUCCAAGAAAGGCGCUCACUUGCGCAAGAAUUUGCCAGCCUCUUCAUCUUCACCAUGCAACCCCAAUGUUGGAUCCCAGAGAAAGAGGGGCCGUCCCCCAAGUACUCCAAAAAAAGAUGCUGGAAGCCCGCGGAAAAGGGGCCGCCCCAAAGGGUCCUCACCAUGCAACCCCAAUGUUGGAUCCCCGAGAAAGAGGGGCCGUCCCCCAAGUACUCCAAAAAAAGAUGCUGAAACCCCGCGGAAAAGGGGCCGCCCCAAAGGUUCACUCAACAAAAAGGAAGCCGGAAAUGAAACGCAGCUCGACGGCCAUUCAAAAGCAAAGGGCGAAUCAUCUCCUGUUGGGGUGGAACAUGAAGCAGAGCUGGCAGAAGACGAGGUGGAGCAUGACGAUGCAGAGGCUUCCAUGGAGACCGACACAGAGGCGUCCAUUGUGCACGACACGGAGAUGACCAUCGAGCACGACACAGAAACGUCCAUCGUGGACAAUACUGAAGAAUCACUCAUCGAUUAGGAUGCAAGCUUUGAAGUUAGUAACAAGGCUUAAUGAACCAUCCUGGUCAGACCAAAAUGUUGCUGUAGUAGUAGUAGAAUACAAUAUUGUCAAUGAAAACACAUGGUUUUAACAUCUUGUCAGUCGGGUAGGCUAAAUAUCAGCAGCUUUUCUGUUUUCCUGACUUACUUGUCCAUCUUGUUUUAUUGUGCUUGAUUUUUACUUUAUUUCUGUCAUUUGAGUAGUAGUACUAAUAAUCUUUUACUAGAACUGGCAUGUAUAGUUUAUCAUCAUAGAUUGAUUGUUCCAGUUUUCAUUCAGCUUUCAGCUGAGUGUUUGUCAAUUAAACUGUAGAUGUAAAAUGGUUGCUGGGAAAUGACUUAGAAGAGGGAAAAAAAAGAUGUUGGAGAAAAAAAGUACAGUAAAACUAUAGAGAGACGAAGUUUCCGAGCUAGCCUCUGUUCCACUGGCUUCUGUCACUCAAUACAGUCUCUCAUUCUGCAUUUCUUGCAUUGACCUUUUUGAAAAAUGUUGUGUUCUUGGGGUUGGUUUACUUUCCAUAUUUUAGGACAAACUGACCUAUGAAUACAGAGUGAUAUCACAUUCUUUAAAAAUGAAACUAUUUUCGCCAACUGAUUUCCAACCCUGACCUAUAUUUGGCACAUGACCAGAGAUAAUCUGACUGAAGGACACAUGAGAACUUGUUUUAUUUAGUUUUAUCAAUAUUUUUUAUGGUAACAAUGUAUCAAAAAUUCCAAAUGUGAUUCUGAAUAAAGUUUUAUUGCUUCUGGAACAAAACCCGGAAGUUGUGCUUUCACUUUGGCUCUCUGUUGAGAAUGUGAGAGUUUUGAGUGCUUUCCAGAUAAAAUACAUCAAAUGAUGUCAUCAUUUUCUCAAUGUUAUUUCACAGUUUUUAUUUUGCCUUAAUUGCUGAAGCUUUGAAUGUACCAUCAGUUAGUUACUUAGCUCAAUGGGUUGUCCUGUACAGGUCAGCCUCUCAACUUUUUCUUUACAUGCAUUCGACAGGACGAAAAGCUCGGUAUCGAAUUCCUUCCCGCCACUCAGUCGGCCAGAAGAUUUCCUCUUCCACUUGUACCAAUUGCUUUUUUAGUUUGUUAUAGAGUUUUUUCACUCUUUUCUCUAAAUGUUUACAUGUAGCUUUGAAGCCUUUUCUUUUUUUAUAUAACUUGGGACUUUCAUGAGAUUAAAUUCACGUGAUUGGAUGAUUUCACAAACAUUCAUUGUUUUUUUUUAACACAGUGUAAAAAUUGCGUGCCAUGGGUCAAACAAAUGAAGUCUCUAAAUGCCAAAUUGUGCUUUGGUGUGUCAAGUUAUCGAAAUCAAAAUUUCAUCUGGUUUUAUGAAGUCAAAUUAUUUUAAGUGGACAUAUUUGGAUUUUGUGUGUUUUAAACAAGAAGUCAAUAAUUUGUGAGAUUAUGCUCUUGAAAUAAAAUGUUGAUCUUGCUCUUUUA